UUCGGGCGAAAUUUGUGAGCGUUUUCGCCUUCGUAGUGGUCAAUUUUCACAAAGACUAAAUCAAAUAUUUUAAAAUUGUGCUCUUUUCUGGAUUUAUCUGCGUUUUCUUUUUGACUUAUUUGCGAUUUUUCUAACGUAAUUUUUACUAAAUUCCAAAUUUCUUCAAUUCCCUUAACGUUCUCUUCUAAAUAAUCUGAAAUAUUUUCUUCCCUACCAUUUUCUUCCCAGUUUGAUAAUCUUAAAUCUAUUGGUAAUAGUGGGUCUCGAAAAAAUAAAACAAAAUAUGGGGAUUGCUUUAUACUUGCUUGAAUACUUGUAUUGUAUGCGAAAACAACACUUUGUAGGAAAUAAGACCAAUUAUUUCCUUUUUGAUUUACAUAACUUGCUAACAUAUCUCCUAUAACUCUAUUUAACCUCUCAGCCAUGCCAUUGCUUUGGGGGUGAUAAAUAGUGGUUUUGUUGUGUUUGAACCCAUAUAAUUUUGUAAUAUCUUUGAAAAUGUUACUUAUGAAUUGCUUGCCGUUAUCUGAUACGACAACUCUCGGACAACCAAAUUUUGUAAUAAAAUUGUUUGUAAAUGCUUGUGAUACUGUUAAUGCCGUUUGGUUUUCCAUGGGGACUGCGACUAACCAUUUCGAGAAGGAAUCUACUACUGUAAAUAUAUAUUUAUAA